UUUGCUCUGAAGGUGGUCCAGUGGUCGGACUCGGAGACGGUGCGGCUUCAGCUCUGGGACAUCGCAGGACAGGAACGCUUCACAUCCAUGACCCGGCUGUACUACAGGGAGGCCUCAGCCUGUGUUAUCAUGUUUGAUGUCACCAACAUCAGCACGUUCAGCAACAGCCAGAAGUGGAAGCAGGAUUUGGACAGCAAGCUCCUGCUGCCCGACGGGAGCCCCGUGCCGUGCCUGCUGCUGGCUAACAAAUGCGACCUCUCCCCAUGGGCAGUGACAAGAGAAGAAGUGGAUCGGUUCAGCAAGGAAAAUGGCUUUUCUGGCUGGGUGGAGACGUCUGUGAAGGAAAACAAGAACAUCAAUGAGUCCAUAAGAGUCCUCAUUGAAAAGAUGAUGUCCUCAUCCACGGGUGAUGGAAGUUCUGCUGCUGCCAGGAGCGGGGAUUACAUUAACAUUAAGGAGCCAACCCCGCGGGGCUGGGCCUGCUGUUAG